AUGCAUGACAUUGAUGGGUUUGUUUAUGGAAAUCAGCCUGGUUUGAGCAUGUGCGUAGGAGACCGAGUGUCGUGGCAUAUAAUGAGCGGGAUAUUGAUGCAUAGCCCCCUGUUUUACGGCAACACUGUUACCUACAACGGCAAAAGAACAGAUGCCGUGGGACAAAUACAAGGGCUAAGGGCUUUAUUUAAGAGUGUGCAUUACUUAGCCCGCAGACAUUUAACCUCUUUCAAAGUAACUGUUGUCAUAAAUUCUCUUUCCAGUGAUGGCUCUCAGUUUACGGUGUCAGGUCCCCACAGAGUAGGAAGCAUCUAUCGCAAGGUGCUCUAUCGUGAGUUCACAGAUGGCACCUUUACAGAAGAGAAACCUCAUCCGAAGUACUUAGGAUUGCUGGGUCCUAUAAUAAAGGGCGAGGUUGGCGAUACUCUAAACGUUCACUUCAAAAACAUGGCUAACCGUUCGUUUACAAUGCACCCACAUGGGGUCUUUUAUGACAAGGGCUCAGAGGGUGCUCUCUAUGAUGAUCAUACGGAGGGAGGCCAGAAAGGGGACGAUCACGUACUUCCUGGUGUAACCCGGGUCUACAAAUGGACAAUUCCUGAAAAUCAUGCGCCAACCAAAGAUGACGAGAAGUGUCUUACUUGGGCUUACCACUCUCACGUGAAACCCGUCAAUGACAUCAACACUGGCUUGAUUGGUGAGUACAGAACAGCCAUAUUCCUGACGCCUUCCUGUCCUUUUCCUUGUAAAGGAGCGAUAUUAACCUGCAAAAAAGGAACACUAGACGAAAGGGGGACUCGCACAGACGUUGAUAAGGAAUUUGUGUUACUCUUCGCUGUAAUGGACGAGAACAAGAGCUGGCUUCUUGAUGAAAACAUCGCACGCUUUUGUGCUGACCCUGAUGGAGCUAUGACAAAGAAGACAGAUGGCGGAUUUGUGAAAAGUAACAAAAUGUACAGCAUCAAUGGGCGAGUGUUUGGUAACUUGGAAGGUCUGGAUAUGUGCCUUGGAGAAAAAAUCAGCUGGCAUUUGUAUGGUAUUGGCACAGACACUGAUGUCCAUGCAGUUUUCAUUGUAGCGUAUUUUCACGGCCAGACAUUUAGCAGUGACAAGCACCUUAGGAGCAUUGCUACUCUUUUACCCGCGACAUUUGUGACGGCAACAAUGACGGCCGUCAAUCCGGGAACUUGGCUUUUAAACUGCAUGGUAACCAGUAAUUAUGACGGAGGAAUGUACGCUUUGUUUAAUGUAGCUAAAUGCGCCCGCGAUUUUGACCCGCCUGUCGUCAGCGGUGGAAGAACGCGAAAGUACUUUAUUGCUGCCGAGGAGAAGAUGUGGAAUUAUGGGCCGAGUGGAAUAAACAAAAUGACUGGAGAGGAUUUGUCAAAGCCAGGAAGUGAUGCGUCAAAGUUCUUCAUUCGAAGCGAAGACAGACUUGGAGGAACGUACAAGAAGGCUCUGUAUAUUGAGUACACCGAUGAUACGUUUAACACUAGAAAGAAUCGUACAGAAGAUGAACAUCAUUUAGGCUCCCUGGGACCUGUUAUUCGUGGAGAAGUAGGUGAUACCAUAGAGGUGGUCUUUCAAAACAAGGUGAGAUCGAAUUAG